AUGGGUACCGCCGCGGAGACAAGCCUUUUGGAGGGUGCCACGGGUCGGAAUACCCGGGGCAUGCUCCGCAUCAUCAUCUUGGCCACCAUUGCAGCUGCCGCCGUCUCCAGCCGUCUGUUCAGUGUCAUCCGUUUCGAGAGCAUCAUCCACGAAUUCGAUCCCUGGUUCAACUUCCGCGCCACCAAGUACCUUGUCAAGCAUGGCUUCUAUAGCUUCUGGGACUGGUUCGAUGACAGAACAUGGCAUCCAUUGGGUCGUGUCACUGGCGGUACUCUCUAUCCCGGUCUCAUGGUUACCAGCGGUGUCAUCUACCACGUCCUCCGCUUCCUGACCAUCCCUGUCGACAUUCGGAACAUCUGCGUGCUUCUAGCGCCUGCCUUCUCGGGUCUGACGGCUCUUGCCACUUAUCUGCUCACAUCUGAAAUGUCCGAGUCUCCGUCGGCUGGUCUCCUCGCCGCUGCGUUCAUAGGCAUUUCCCCCGGCUACAUUUCCCGUUCGGUUGCUGGAAGCUAUGACAACGAGGCUAUUGCCAUUUUCCUGCUGGUCUUCACCUUCUUCUUGUGGAUCAAGGCGCUGAAGAACGGCUCUGCUUUCUGGGGCGCCCUCUGUGCGCUGUUCUACGGCUACAUGGUGUCUGCGUGGGGUGGAUAUGUGUUCAUCACUAAUCUGCUUCCAUUGCACGCUUUUGUUCUCAUCUGCAUGGGUCGUUACAGCCCGCGUCUAUACGUUAGCUACACGACCUGGUAUGCGCUGGGCACGCUUGCCAGCAUGCAGAUUCCUUUCGUCGGCUUCUUGCCUAUUAGGAGUAGUGAGCACAUGGCCUCUCUUGGUGUUUUCGGCCUGCUGCAGAUCGUUGGCUUUACCGAAUGGGUCAGGACGCAGCUCCCGACCAGACAGUUCCAGACUCUCCUCCGCAGCCUGGUUCUACUGAUUUUCGUCGUUGGUUUUGGUGGCCUUGUCCUCCUUACCGUUUCUGGCGUCAUUGCUCCCUGGACUGGCCGUUUCUACUCGCUCUGGGACACGGGAUAUGCGAAGAUUCACAUUCCCAUCAUUGCUUCCGUCUCCGAACAUCAGCCUACUGCCUGGCCUGCUUUCUUCUUCGACCUGAACAUGAUGAUCUGGCUCUUUCCCGCUGGUGUCUACAUGUGCUUCCGCAAGCUCACCGACGAGCAAGUCUUCAUUGUCAUCUAUGCCGUCCUGGCCAGCUACUUCGCCGGCGUCAUGGUUCGCCUCAUGUUGACUCUUACGCCGGUUGUUUGCGUUGCGGCGGCCAUGGCUCUUUCCCAGAUUCUGGAUUCCUACCUUGUCGUGCAGACUCCCGCUGCAGUUGUCAAGGCCAAGGCCAAGGAGAACGGAGCGAGCGUCGAGGAGGUUGCGUCUUCAAUUCUGCCAGCUUCGCUACGCUCCACUCGUGAGCCCCUCGUUGGCAUCUACUCGUACGCGUCGAAGCUUACUAUUGUCGCGUCGACCACCAUCUACCUGCUCCUGUUCGUCCUGCACUGUACCUGGGUUACGUCGAACGCGUACUCGUCCCCUUCGGUCGUUCUUGCAAGCAAGCUUCCUGAUGGAAGCCAGCACAUCAUCGAUGAUUAUCGUGAGGCUUACUACUGGCUCCGUCAGAACACACCAGAGAACGCCAAGAUCAUGUCUUGGUGGGACUAUGGUUACCAGAUUGGUGGCAUGGCGGAUAGGCCUACCCUUGUCGAUAAUAACACGUGGAACAACACCCACAUUGCCACCGUUGGCAAGGCCAUGAGCUCCCGUGAGGAGGUCAGCUAUCCCAUCAUGCGCCAGCACGAGGUCGACUACGUUCUUGUUGUCUUCGGUGGCCUCCUUGGUUACUCCGGCGAUGACAUCAACAAAUUCCUGUGGAUGGUCAGGAUUGCCGAGGGCAUUUGGCCUGACGAGGUCAAGGAGCGUGAAUUCUUUACGCCCAGGGGCGAAUACCGUGUCGAUGACCAGGCGACUCCUACCAUGAGGAACAGCUUGAUGUACAAGAUGUCCUAUUACAACUACAACUCCCUCUUCCCCGCUGGACAAGCCACUGACCGUGUCCGCGGCGCUCGUCUUCCUGCUGAAGGACCGCAGCUCAGCACUAUCGAGGAGGCGUUUACCAGCGAGAACUGGAUUAUCCGCAUCUACAAAGUCAAAGACUUGGAUAACCUCGGCCGAGACCACGCCAGUGCUAUGGCAUUCGAGAAGGGCAACAAGAAGAAGCGUGCCGCCAAGAAGAAGGGCCCGAAGGUCUUGCGAGUUGAUACCGCUCCUCCGCACCUGCCCCAGGCCCUCACCUGGAGCGCCUGCUCAAUCGCCGACUUGGCGACUGGCUUUCCUGCGUCGCGCCUUCCGACAGAGGCUGACAUCCAGUACCUAGUGGCACCGCGACGAUCCAAUCGCUUCUUUUCGCGGAAGCCGCAGGUGCGGCCGUUCAUUGAAUUCGACGCUUUCCACUACUCCAAUCCGCUCCCAAACCCACCUCACAGCGGUAUCGAGGCGCCACCGCCACCUCACUACCUUCCAUAUCGCUACGAUCCCGCUGAAAGCUUAAUACUCAGAUCCCCACACAUCUUGUCCGAUUCCUCUCUUGAGGCUCUCGUACCCGGCUUCUCAGUGGACAAGUUCAUGAAACACGUCACAACGCCGAAGGAGAUGCCUUCACGCUCCCCUUCUCCACUUUCACCUGGAAUACUUCCUGCCCUGCCCGCAGGGAACUGGGGGCCAGACCCUCCUCGCGGCUAUCCUUAUGGCAACCAGCUUAUGCCUCCACCUCACCUGCAACACCCUGGCUUCUACGGACCUCCGCCGUGGCUUCUGCCGCAGCCGAUGAUGCCGAUGAUGCCACCGCCACCUACAGAUCGUCCACCAUCACACGGGCACCCUCCUCCGCCUGCUCCUCCUGCGCCUCCCCCGCCAUCCCAUGAGCCCGUACAGCCGAAGGGGAUCACAGUCUCACACACUAAAGACUCACCGGCGGCUACAUCGACUGCCUACUUUGGAGAUUCUUACAAUCUCAAGAUAUCCGACCAUCGCUCGAGCCACAAGCACGUGGCUCUGCAAUACCACAUCUGCUCAAUCUGCCGCAGACCGCGUUCGAAAAGAUAUCAGGAGCAGAAUCCUCCAGUCCCGGGUCAACAGAUAACUCCUGAACCUUGCCGGAAGUGCCGAUCAGCCAUAAGCUCAAGCUCGAGUGAGGACGACGGGAUGGUCAUAACCAACAAGCCAGGAAAACGUGCUGUCAGAGAGAGUGAGAGUAUUCGCAUUGUUGCUAUGGAAGACAAGGAUCUCCGCAACCGUCGACGUCAUCGGCACAGGUCUGGAAGCAGGACCAGGCUUGUGGUUCGGGAGCGGCGUUCCAGUAGCCCUGCAUCCCCGCGUGGCCGUCAUCGAACGGCUGAUCGCCAGGAUGUCAUUACCAUUGAGGAGACCGAGGAACAUACUCGUAGGUCGCACGGAAGACCCAAAGGCCAGAAGAGAAUCCAUACAAAGGAUUCGGAGGGGGAUCGGCGGAAACCUCCUAUCAAUCCCAUGAAUGACGACUCCACCUUGAUUAGGCGCACCAGGGAGCUGUGUACACACUCUGUCAGCCCGGAACCAGCAGUGAUUCGUGAGCAAAGGUACUCAGCAGUUGUACAGAAUGACCCUCCUUCUCGACCAGGUCCAAACCGAAAACCCUCUGUGCAUCGCCAGGUGAGCGAUGCCGAGCGUCGCCUCCGUGAGCACCCACAGGCCUUCCGUCAUGGGGUCAUGGUUUCUGCUGGCCACAACGAUUCACUCCGGCAUGUACAAAACUCUCAUGCACCUGCUAUGCAACCACUUCCGCAUCCUAGAUCGGAAUUGAAGUAUAAGGAAGAUCCUUCUCCACCGCGUCGACCACGCGAGCAAAGGCGACACACGAUCGCUUAUCCAUCGUACGGACCUGAUGAGCACUCCACCAACACAAAAGUGCGCGGAAUCCUACGGUCUCACAGCCGACCUCAGCCGAGGCACUGGUCGCCAUCCCCAGAAAAGGGCCCCAAGGGGGGUGACAUUGAAGAGGUAGGUGUUAGCUACGAAGGUCCACGGGUAUCGUUUGCCCCGGAGCCUUCAAGCUCUCAUCGGAGAGCCAAGUCACAGCAUUACGAGCAAGUAGAAGCUCGGACUCGUCCGGUUGAGAAGAGCGCGCGAAGGCAUAAACCACAUGCCGAUGGUCACAUCAACAGUUCAAAGUCUGUCCCUGACACUGGAUCUCACCGCUUGAACGACUAUGGAUACUGGCAAGAGCCACCGCGAAUGAGCUCUCAGUCUCGUCACGACGACGCAACGCACAAACUAGACCAAGACGCCGCAAAAGGCCGCAUUGCUCGUAAGGCCUCUUUCGGCGAUGAUUUGGAUACUGCCCCAGCCAAGCAACGUGUCCGCUACGUCCACACCCCUGAUCACAUCACGUACUACCGAUCACCCACGCCUCCUAUUGGAGCACCUACGCCCGAGGCAACAAAGUACACGGACUAUUCAGGAACGCAUCCCCUGCCGAAGCCACUUGAGAGCACGGUACCAUGGUCGCAGAGGUCUAUAGGUGAAAGCAGUAAUGCGAGCGGCGGUUCGUACAAGCUGGUCGAUGUCAGAGAUAUCGGCGUCGUUGACGAGCGUGGCCGUACUGUGAGGGUCCGUGAGAUAGAAGAGACCCAUCACCCAAGAAAGGAAAGUGACCGGGGCGGAGACCAUGAAGCUAAAGGCAGGGACAACCCAAUCGGCCACAGAGCAGUUCAGCAUGCUGGUUGGAGAGAUGUAUGA